CUUGUUGUUUCUUUUUCUGGCAGACGAUGACGUUGCCACAGAGGCGCGUCGUCUGAGAGCUACAGUAUUCUUUGGUGCAGUGAUUUUGUGUGUGCAUGACCGAAGGAUCAGCUGAAAGCUCGCCGGAUAAUAUUCAACAGAUUAUUGACCUCACCGAGACGCGAAGGAUUAAUUAAUGAAGGGUGCCCAUGCCGAGAAUCAGGAAAAAUCAGCUAGAGGGGCUUAGGAGUGUGAGAGGAAAAUUCUCAGAGCGAUUCACUGCGUGGAAUUCAGCAAAAACGACGAGGCUGUGAGCGUAUCGCCACGUUCAACCUUGAAAAUGUCAUCGAAUACGUGUUCCACGAUUGUGUUGAGACUGAUCCUAUUGAUAUUAACAGUGGUAUCGUUCAGAGAAGUGCACGGACACGUCGCGUUGACUUUUCCACGCGCGAGGAAGUAUGACUUGGAUUUUCUGGACAACGCCAGAACACCUGGUCCAUGUGGAAUGCCUCGUGGCGAUAUUAAAACUACUUUACUAUCUGGGAGUAACUUCAACGUCACGUGGCAUUUAGCUUAUCCUCAUCGAGGUGGAUUUCGACUGCAAAUUCUGGAUGCUCUUGAUAGACCAUUGGUUGACCUGACUCCUGUGACUAAAAAUAGCGAAUUCGUGGAAGACGAUGCCACAGCGCAGAAUUACGCUGUACAAUUACCACAGAAUUUCACGUGCACGGACUGUACGAUCCGGCUCCUCCGAAAGGCCGAGGAAUGGGGCUCGAGUUACAGAUUUUGGUCUUGUGCCGAUAUCGAUAUCAUCGACAGAAAGUCCUACAGAGAGGACUGCAGCGGUCACGGUCGAUAUCUGCUAGGUCGAUGCAGAUGCGAUCGACUAUAUCACGGUACAAGGUGUGAAUUUAAGGAAGAAUGUCUGGACGAUUCGGAUUGUGGUAUUCAGGGCACGUGCAUUGACAAUGGCGGCACGACCGCGCCCACCAAGCAUUGCUACUGCAACAUUGGUUGGUUCGGGCCGGGUUGCGCAAAGAGAUCUCCAAUCAAAACCAUCGACGUAGAAUUAGAUGCCUACACCAUGAAAAAGUUCUCUGACAAUUUCACUUUUUAUUGGCGGAUAUUAAAAGAGAGCAAAGAGCUGGAAGGCAUUAUGGUAGUAAACGGUACAAGCUGGAUUGGUGUUGGAUGGCGACCGAGUGACCUAACGCCAGCGUGUCGGUCCUUUCCCGAAAUUCAAGAACGUCCAAAGGGGGAACCACUUCCACGGCCAGAACCAAAAUCAGAACCAGAACCUGAACCCAAAUCGGAGCCCGAACCUGAACCUGAACCCGAGCCUGAGUUUGGAACUGAAAAAUCAGGUACCAAGAGAAGAUCGGCCAAAGCUCACGACGUACGUUCACUGGCUUCAACUCCUCGAUCUGACGUCGAUGUUACAAUCCAAACUAGUGUGACAUAUCGUGUCAGUACGAAGCAAGGACGUAAAAAGAGAUCGCCAGGUUCUACAGGAAUUUUCACAAAUGGGGAGCCCGUCGCCGAGUUGAGCACUGUCGACAGCACCAACACCAUGUCCGAACCCAUGUCAGGACCGAAAUCCGAACCUGAACCAAGUUCAGAGCCAGAGCCCAAAUCCGAACCUGAGCCAAGUUCAGAACCAGAACCCAAAUCCGAACCUGAGCCAAGUUCAGAGCCAGAACCCAAAUCCGAACCUGAAUCAAGUUCAGAGCCAGAACCCAAAUCCGAACCUGAGCCAAGUUCAGAGCCAGAACCCAAAUCCGAACCAGAAUCCAGCUCAGACUCAGAACUAAAAUCUCAUUCAGAUUCAACUAACGCUGAACCAAAAACAAAAGCAGAAGCCAUUCUGACUUCAGAGACACAAUAUGAACAUAAGCCAAUAUCUCGUCCAAAAUCUACUUCUCAAGUUAAAUCGAGAUCACAAGCGGAACCAAAAUCCGAACCAGAACCCAAAUCCGAACCCGAGCCAAGUUCAGAGCCAGAACCUAAAUCCGAACCUGAGCCAAGUUCAGAACCAGAACCCAAAUCCGAACCAGAGCCAGAGCCGAAAUCUGAACCAGAACCAAAGUCCGAACCGGAACCCAAUUCCGAACCAGAGUCAAAAUCUGAACCGGAACCUAAGUCAGAGCCGGAACCAAAGUCUGAACCAACCUCGGAACCGGAGCCGAUCUCGGGCCUUAAGUCAAGCGCAACGAAAGCUAUUCUACCCGGAGCGCACAAGUACGUACCGAAACACGAUUUCAAUCCCAUGGAUUGCACAGACAUCAUAAUAGGAUCAGCACGAGGCAACAGUCACAGGAUUGGCGAUUAUUACACCAGAGACAGAUCUACACCAAGAAAAGACGAUUAUUGGGGCGGAAGAGACACUUUGACCGCUGCUAUGGGCUUCGAACGUGACGGAGUUACGACGAUACUCUUUCGAAGAAAAUUGACAGCAAAUGAACCAACUGACCACGAAAUUAUUGAUGGUGAUAUGCAAGUGAUAUGGGCUAAAGGACAAGAACCUGGAAAUUAUAUUCAUCAUCCACCGAGUGGCAUUGAGAAAGCCAAGGUCAGUGUGAAGGAAUUUUACAAGGCUGAUGAACUUAAGUAUCACGGACACGGAGCACAAAGAGGAACAGUAAUUCUUAAUUUCUUUGAUGAAAAGAAAAAACAAGAAAUGACCAGUGAUGGGGAUGUAAUGGCGCCAACUGCGAAUUGUAAUGGUGAAUGGCAUUAUCCAAGACAUUGCUCACCUGCCAAUGGUUCCUGUGAAUACUCUAUUCAGUGGACUUACAAGGGACGAAAGGAUCAGUUAUCGUUUGUUAUUUCCACUACUAAUACGAAUACUUGGACCGGCGUUGGGUUCUCUGAUGACGAGAAAAUGUCGCAGACAGACGCCGUGUUAGGUUGGGUCGACGAGAAAUCAGGUCGUGCUUUUCUCAUGGACACUUGGAUCAGCGGAUAUAAUGCUCCGUUGCUCGAUCCGUCUCAAGAUAUCUAUAACACAGGUGGCAGUAAAGUGGAUGGUGUAACGACGCUCAAAUUCUCGAGAAAACGGAUAACAAAGGACAAUAGAGAUCUUUCAUUCACGGACGAUCACUGCUUGUAUAUGAUGUAUCCAGUCAAGGGUGGUAUCUUUAACGCUGUCAACAAGAAAAUACGUAAACACGAUGCCAUACCCGUUGUCUCCGCUGAAAGGAUAUGCAUAAAAUCUUGUGGCCCCGAAGAACUUGAAGAUCUUACAACACCAGCCCCACCGAGAUUGCAUUACGAUGUAGAAGUGAAACUCAUAAAUUUAGGUGACGGUUUUAUGACGCCUACUCCUGGUAGCCCAGACUUCGAAAUUAUCUCGAACAGGAUAUCUGAAAGUUUCGGUCCAGUUUUUGACAAAUUGUUGGGCUAUUGUCAAAUUCGUCUCAAUGAAUUACAAAAGGACGAUGAACAAAAUGGUGUUAUUGCCCGCAUGGAUCUGAUCUUAGAUAAAAACGAAGUGAAAGGUAGAUCACUGAAACCCGUAGACACCGGUGUGAUCGCGGAGAAGGCAUUAAAAGAAGCUCUCGUCAAAGGAAAAGUCGGUGCAUUAAGCGUGGAUCCGCAGUACUUGAUCAUUAGAGCUCCUCGAGUGAAUGAUUUAGGUGAUGAAGAUCUGGAUGAAGAUAUGUCAUUUAAAUCAGACCUGUUCCUUGACGCAACGAAGCUAUAUAUUGUCGUCGGAUGUGUUGUUGCCUUAGUUGCUCUUGCUCUACUCCAAGCAAGCUGUACUCUCUACAGAUCGUCAAGGAGGCGAGCGACAAAGGAUCGUCUGAUCGCCAGUAACGCUUGGAAGGACUAUGCCUCAGGUGCAAAUACGAAUUUUGCAUUCGAGGCUUUCGAGACAGAGGAGAAAGCCCCACCACCGCCAAUUUCCAGUCUACCCCGUCACAGAGAGAUGACAGCGAACGGACUCGGCACCGACACCGUGGAGGGCCCAAAUAGAAUAGUAGGACCACGAGCGACUUACAGUUUGCCGCGUGCACCGGGCUCGAGGCAUACAGCGCCCAUUCAGCCCGGUUACUACACGCAAGAUCGCAGGGAUCAUUAUCAGCGAUCGAAGAACAAUAUGCACGGUCCGACAGGUGGUGGCGUGUCCACGCAACCGAAUCAACCUGACUUUUACUUCAUGCCCAGUCAGCGUAAAUACAGUGGCGAGGUCGUGCGUGUGUACGUAGAUUACGGAAGUCAGGUGUCGAAGUAAUCGAAAGGAGCAUGUUGGGACUCCAAUCAACGAUAAGAGAAUCACAGUGACAGUGCUGCCCUCUUCUCAGCUUUCCCUCGAUCACAGAUCCGAAGCGGACGAUUAAAUUAUACCUCGCUUCAGUGAAGCGAUACUGUACAUAAAACACGUUUAGUGGACCUGAGAAAACGAGCCCUUCCUCCGGUGCUUUUCUCAUUAUCUUUUUCUUUUUUUUAUUUUUUAUUUUAUUUUGACAGAUCGUUCUACCAUUUCUUUUCUUUCCCGUUGCUUGGUCGCUUGCAAGCGUCGAACGGGGGGCGAUACGCACGGUUUCGUUUAACGGAAUUACGCAGAAGUAGCGCUUACGACCAAAGAGUUAUCGAUAAGGCGCGCUCGACGCGCGGUUCUGUACAAAAACGCGUAGAGAAAAACACAACAGAAUUAUCAGUGUAACUCUCGAUGCGUGGCAAGGUAGGUACGUGUGGAUCAUGUCCAGACACCUCAUACCCGUGCGUCAUGUACUUACUAGCAAGCGUGGACGUUUGAGCAAUAAAACCUUUGUAUAUCUUUUCUUUUUUUUUAAUCGAAUGUAUGCUCCUUUCCUCAAAAAAUAAGGUUUCGUCGAAUAGCACUUUUGAAGAAACAAAGAGGGCUAAAGUUUCGUUACUUUUGUCACGUACGGCUGCGAAAUUCAGUGUUUCCUUCGUUAUCUGUUCGAUAAAACAGAGUUGUAAUUGAAGUUCGGACUCUCUUUUUAAAAAAUGAAGUCUUCUUUUGAAAUGUAAUCACAUGUGUUGUCUAAAAUAAAAGCGUAGCAAGUGUGACAUA